AUGGCCCGGCAGCCGGCUACAAAGGUGCCCGUUCCACCUACGCUGGGAGAGGAUGCGGCGGAGCGCAAGCGAGUCUUGAAUAUCCUAGCGCAGAGAAGAUAUCGGAAGAGAAAAAAGGAGAGGCUCCAGGCGCUAGAGUCUCGUGCUAAAAGUUCCGUACUUCCUGGGGACACUGUCGUGUCUAACCAGCAAGAAGGCCAAUCUAGUGGGACCCCUUCAGAGGCCGGGAAUCUUGCGCAUGAGGCACCGAGGCAUCUGUCUGCAGAAAGCAACUUCAUUUCCUCUAGUGACACCCAUUUUGCCGGUGUGGCCGACCUCGACUUCAAUUAUAUGGAUCCAUCGAUGAACCUUGGCUUGAAUGACGAUGAAACAGGCAACAUGCUCUAUACUACACUAUGGCCCAAGUCUCAAAGCUUGACUUCACUCAGCUUGCCAACGUCAGAGAUUCUCCAAUCCGACAUAUCUUUCGCACUUCCCGCCACAACUGCCGGGGACACGUUUUGGGGCCAAUUAGCAGGGAGUUCAGAUUGGAACUUGGAGUCUCACGAUCUUGUCAAUGUUGAAAAUCACCUUGCAGAGUCGUUACCGCUCAACAUGGAUGGUACAUACGAUCUCUCUGCCGAGCUGCAGGCCGAUGAUACUUCAUUCUUCACAUUCCCCGAUGACCGAAUACUCCAAGUUCCUUCGCUGACACUGCUAAACGCUGCUAUGAAAGUGGCACAACGAUUGAAUAUCAACGGUUUGAUAUGGGACUUUACCGCCGUCAGUCCUUUCUAUAGCCCUGCCAGCUCAAGUAGCUCCAUCCCUUCGCCUCCCUCCCUGCAAUCGGGCCCAUCAACCUCCGUGGCAUCACCCACAAGCUCAGUUGAUCUGACAGAACUUCCACUGCACCUCCUUCCCACGCGGACUCAGCGUCUGAUUCCGCACCAUCCAAUUAUUGACCUUCUCCCUUGGCCAAGUACUCGAGAUAAACUCAUUCAAGUCUUUCAGCUCCCCGUCAAUCUGCGGCCACCGACCGCUCAAGACCCAAUGGGUCUUGUCCGACUGGUAUACGACAUGGAAGAUGAGGGUGGUGAAGGGGUGAGGAUUAACGGGGAUGACCCUUUCGAGCCCUCUGUCUGGGAGAUAGGACAAGUUGUAUUCGAGAGGUGGUGGUGGGCAUUUGAGAUAAGUGUGGUGGAAAGGAGUAAUCGGGCAAGGGGCAAUAGGGGAGAAAAAAUAUUAUUAUUGGAAGGCCAAAACUCAUGA